AUGAUGCAUUCAGGUAAUGAGUUGAUGUUGCUUCAAAAGGCUGUGAUCUUGGAUGACAGAGGCUAUGGUCGUUGGAAGGUACGAACGGUUCAGUUAAUUCGCAAUCUAGGAGAGGAUGCUUGGACAGCUGUUGAAGAAGGCUGGGAACCUCCAUAUGAAAAAACCAAAGCGGGUGACAAGAUUACUAAGCCUAAGGCUCGCUGGACAGUGGAUGAGAAGAAUUUGUCUAAGUAUAAUGCUAGAACUCUUAAUGUUAUUUUCGGUGCUGUAGAUGAUGAUGAAUUCAAACUUGUUCAAGGGUGUGAGUCAGCUAAAGAUGCUUGGGAUAUCUUGCAGAAGUCACAUGAAGGAAACUCAAGUGUUAAAAUAACAAGGUUGGAUCAACUUGCCUCCCAGUCUGAAGUUCUAAGGAUGGAUCCAGAUGAAACAAUCUCUCAGUUCAGUGCAAAAAUGAGUGCUAUUGCAAACGAAGCUAAGAAUCUUGGAAAGAUCUACAAAAAUACAAAGCUGGUUAAGAAGUUAAUUAGAUGCUUACCGUCCAAAUACGCCGCUCAUAAAGCUGUUAUUCGAGUUUCAGGAACUGCUUUCAAGGCAGAUGAUACAAGUGAUCAGCUGAAGGAGAUAAAGGACAACAUGUCCUUGAUGGCAAGGAACUUUGGGAAGGCUCUUAAGCGAGUUGAAAAAGGUCAAGAAAGAGAGUCCUCUAGCUGGAACAGAAACAAUGCAGAAAGUCCUAGCAAUUGUUUCAACAGGACUGAAAAGGAGAAGGCUGACCAUCGAAAAGAUGUGCAAUGUCACGAAUGCAAUGGUUUUGGACACUACAAACCUGAAUGCCUUCUGACCAAGCGAAAGGAAAUGAAAUGUUUUGAGUGUAAAGGUUUUGGACAUUUGAAGACAGAAUGUUCAAAUUUACAAAAAGCUAAGAAUAAGUCAUUUAUUAGCUUCAGCGACUCAGAUUUCUAUAGUGAUGAAGAAGAAGGAAUGUUGAAUCUGUUUGCCUUUAGUGCUAAGAGUGAUGAGGUACCUGCUGAGAGCUCAUAUGAUGAUGAGGAAGAUUCAAUUACCAAAGAGAGCUAUUGUUUGGAAGCCAAGGUCAAUAUGCUAGAAGAAGAAUGCAAGUCUGAAGUUACAACUUGUAAGGAGCUACUUCCUGCUGAAAAGGAGUUGCUUGAGAGAAAAUUGAGAAAUCUUCAAGAAUUCUAUGGUUUGGAGAAGGAAAGAUCAACAAGCCUUGAACGGGAGCUGAACGAGAAUCAUAAAAAAAUCAGGAUGUUGAAUAAUGGUGGGAAGAAGUUAGAUGAGAUCUUGUCAAUGGGAAUUGUUGGAUCUCAACAUCGUGGUCUGGGCUAUAACAAACAACAUGAUGUUGAACUUUUGUCACGUGAUAAGUCUAUAAGCUUUGUGAAAAGUAACGUAACUCAUGCUGUGGAGUCGACUGUUCUGAACAAAGUUAACUACAGAGGAAGUGCGGGUCAUGUUCGUAGAUUCUGUUAUAAGUUUAAGAAUAAGAUCAAGGAGCUUUGGAUGGCUAGGAAAUGUUUUAUAGAUCCAUUUCACUUUUGCAAAGUCUGGGUUGCUAAAAAGGCUCUAUACAAUAAAAAUUUCGAGAAUGAUGAGAAAAAGUAUGAUCAAGGUUGCAGAGAGUCUGAGGAAAUCAACCUAUGUUGUAAUCUCUCGAAGAUAGUCACUGAAUAUGAUGUUGGGGUUGAACCUCAGGUUCUACAGAAGCAUGUUGCAGAACCAUCUAUACAAGAAAAAGGCACAACUGAAUCAACUAGAUCCAAUAGUAAUGAUUGGAAUGAUGAAUCAUCAGGAGUCUUAGCUACAUCUAAACAGUUGCAAGGUCAUAAGAAUCAGUCUGCUGCACUUGCAUUUGUUGAGCAAACCGUUCGUCAUGUUCAGCUGAAUUCUCAAGGAGUGCUGCAACAUUGUUUUGUUUCACAGGUUGAACCUAAGAACAUUAUAAAAGCUCUUGAGGAUUAUUUUUGGUACAAGACAUGA